UCCCCGACAAGUGUGUGUAAACAUCUGAGCACAGCCGCGCAGCUGAGCCGGAUUGUGCUGAGAAGGUUCAAAGUUUAAAGAGCAGCAGGCUCCAUGAGAUUACCACACUAUCCCGGUAAUCUCAGCCCAAGCCCUUCUAUACCAUGGUGUCAAAUUAAUUAUUACGGGCUGGGAGAGUGGUGGAAAAAGAAACAGAAAGGCUGAAAAAAAAAAAGGAAGGAAUUGACACAAUAUGAGGCGCGAAGGGGAGGGAAAGUAACAGCUGGACUUAGAGGAUUAGAGGAAAAUCUGGGUGGGUUUCUGAUGGAAACUCACCGAAGACAGAGGACAGAGAUGUGAAAGAAGCUGGAAGCCCGCUCGGGAAUAGCUGGAGGGGAACAGAAAGUGAAACCUGGUGUGAAGCCGCUGACAUGGAGGUCACCCAGCGUCAUCCUCUGGAGAUUAAGGCAGUCGCUGAACCCAGAGGUGGGCCAGAGAUGUGGGACUAAUCGCUCCUUGGCGAGUUCAAUCCCUCCUGAAGAGCCACUCCUAAUCUCCUCCCCCUGCGUUCAUCCGCCCUCCUGCAUGAAUCUCUCGGCUUCUCCAGCUGCCGCUCCUGGACAUGUCUGACCCGUGCCACCGGAUUCCUCGCCGUGGUGACCUGGGAAGCCCCUCUCUCCUCUGAGCCGCCUCCCGCCUCUGGCCCUCCGUCCAGCCCCAACGCAGACAUGCUGGAGACCAUGUCCCGCCGGAACCGCUCGCUGCUGUCGCUGGCCCUCACCUCGCUGGCGCUCACGCUGUCCGUCUCGGCCUUCUGCACCUCCUACUGGUGCGAGGGGACGCACAAGGUGGUGAAGCCCAUCUGCCUGUCGCCCGUCAAGAUGAAGAACUGCGGCAAGAACAACAGCCAGCCGUACACCACAGAGGCCCCCACCGUGGACCCCAGGGCCCCGGUAUCCAACGUGACACUCACUCCACAGCAGAAGGAGGAACUGGCCCGGAUAAAGAAGAAGCAGCUGGCCAACGCCGUCCAGUACAUCUGGGAGACGGGCGAGGACAAGUACAUGUUGAGAUAUUUCCACACCGGCUUCUGGCUCUCCUGUGAGAAACACAAUGAAGGUGACGAUCAGGAGGAAAAGUGCCGCAGCUUCAUUGAACUGACUCCAGGAGAGACACAAGGUGUGCUGUGGCUGUCGGUCAUCAGCGAGUUCAUGUACAUCGGCCUCCUGGCGAUGGGCUUCCUGCUGAUGUGCGUGGAGGCGGUCUGCCUCUGCGCCAAGAGGGAGAUGAGCUCCCUGAAGAUCAACGCCUACGCCGCCAUGUGCACCGUCCUCUCAGGCUUGAUGGGGAUGGUGGCUCACAUGAUGUACACCACGGUGUUUCAAAUGACUGUCAGCAUUGGACCCAAAGACUGGAGGCCCCAGUCCUGGGACUACGGGUGGUCUUUUGCCCUGGCCUGGCUCUCCUUCAGCUGUUGCAUGGCGGCCGCGGUGGCCACCCUCAACUCCUACACCAAAACCAUCAUCGAGAUGAAGCACCGGGCCAGGAUGAGGCUAGAGGAGGCUCGAGCUCUCACCAGCGCCCCCUCCUACGAAGAGGUGGUGAGAGGAGGAGGAGGAGGAGGGGGGCUCUACUCCGUCAGCCAGCUGAUCCAGCUCGGCCAGCAGGGGGCGCUCGUGGACCCGCUGUGGCCCAGGGGGGUUGGGCCGGCCGUCGGACCCAUGGCCUGCAGCGCCGGGGGGGCGCUGCUGGUUGGAGGAGGAGGAAUCGGGGUCGGGGGCGCGGGGAUGGGAGGAGCUGGAAUGGGAAUGUAUGGGAUGGCGGCCAUGGGAGGAGCUGGAAUGGGUGGGAUGGGAAUGGGAGGAGCUGGGAUGGGAAUGGCAGGAGCUGGAAUGGGUGGGAUGGGAAUGGCAGGACCUGGAAUGGGUGGUAUGGGAAUGGCAGGAGCUGGAAUGGGAGGGAUGGGAAUGGGAGGAGCUGGAAUGGGUGGGAUGGGAAUGGGAGGAGCUGGAAUGGGUGGGAUGGCGGCCAUGGGAGGAGCUGUAGCCGGGAUGGGAAUGGCAGGAGCUGGAGGAUCCAUGGGAGGACAUGUAGGAGUAGGCGGGGGACGGCUGGUUGACCCUCACGGCAUGGUGGUGUUGGAGGGAUGCGGCGCUGAAGGAUGCGAAGAGUGUGAACGGGAGAUGGACGAGAUGGAUUACGCCCUGCAGGACGACAGGGAGGACUCCCUCUGCUGA